AUGGCGCUGGCGCCGCGCACGUGUCCCGGUCCCGCAGCAAACGCCUCGCCCUGGCACCCGGCGCGCGCACACGCAAGCGACGGGAGGGGGAGGCGGAGCCGAAGCGCACGCGCAAGAGUUGCCCUGCUGCUCCAGACCCAAGCUGCUGAGAUUCGAACGGGGCGCGCGAGCCUCCUCCCCCACGCGCUGGUCACGUGGGAAUUUACCCCUCCGUCUGCCCCCCCCUCGCGGGCGCCGAAUUCGGCAUCAUCCGGGUCCCCCCUUUCCCUUGUGUCGAGGCCUCACCUGGCUCCCGCUAUCUCGCGCGCACGGAGCCCGCCGGCAGAGGAGCCGCUUCCCCUGCUCGUUCUCUCCGUGCCGCGCACCAGGCAGCGGCGGGGGCAGCGGCAGUGGCGGCUCCACACAGCGCCUGCUCCCCCGCUCCGCGCGGCGGCUCCUUCCGCUUCCUUCCCCUCCCCCCGCUGCAGCGGGGACCCGCUCCCUGCAGCUCCGCCUGCUGGUAGCUGGGGGAGGCGGCCAGCCGCCGCCCACGCUCGCGGGGUGAGGCUCGGCGCUGCCCCGCGGAGCUGGACGCGCCGCCGAGCGACUGUUCUCCCCGAGUGGCGUGAGGGGGACGGUCUCUGGCUGGGUGCGAGCCGGCCCUGCCCUCGGGGACGCGACGGGCGCCUGGCCAGAGGGCGUGUCCUUGCCAUCGAAGGGAAGAUCCUGCAUCAAAGACUGCGUCUCCGUGGAGAGCCCAGACAGCAGUAGCCAAGACGCCCUGUGCAUGGACACAGCCGAGGCCACGGACAGAGCAAGUCGUGUCAGUUGCAUCCGAAGCUGCCUGCAGAGCAGCCUUUGCGGUAGUGGCACCCUCCUCCACAAGCACCUUAAAUUCCAUCCUUUCACACUCAGGAAGGGAGGAUUCGAAUUUGGGCAGUGACCUCCAGAAGUUAAACUCAUAAUGGCUAAGGAGGGCUUGGGGGUUGGCCACCCGGAGCUGGAAACUGGAUGACGAAUAAAGCUUCCUACCAAAUGA